AGUAUUUUUUGUAUGGCAACUAGUCUUCUCUUUUUCAAACUAAAGUCAGCUAUGUCAGUUACUAUGAAGAUUGCGAUUUUCUUUUGUUUGUUUGCGUUUGCACACGCUAGACAUCGAGGUAUAUUCGCAUUCGGUGCAUCUAAUCUUGGAACAAACCUAGGACAAGCAGCAGGACUUGGCUAUAGUGGCAAUCUGGGCAUUAAUUACGGCACAAAUUUGGUAAAACGGCGCCAUCGUUACGGCUGGCAAGGUUAUGCACCCGGAUACUCUGGGGGAUAUAUCGGCCUUGGUGGAUUUGGUGCAAAUUCAGCCUACCCCAGUCAAGGGUUACCUCCUAUUGUAAAUACAGUUACACCAAACCCACCCUAUAAUCCAGGAUUCAUUGGCAAUGGGGCAUAUGCCUCAGCAGGACCUUUAGGGAGCCCAAAUUAUGGAGGUUAUGGUUACGGUGGAAACGGAUAUGGCUAUGAAAAUAACUGGUAA